GUUAUUGUGCACAGCGGCGGCGUCAGCAGCGGCCACUACUACACCUUUGUCCGUAUGUGGGAUAGCGAUGGUAAGACUCAGUGGGUGAAGUUUGAUGAUGAGUGCGUCACAUUCUGCAGCCAGGAGGCAGCAGUGCAGGACAACUACGGUGGUGAGGACCUGAACGUCACAAACUACUUCAGCUUCCCUCCGCACGAGCUGCGCCAGCGGGAUCUACCCUCUACUCCUCGCAUUCACAACGCGUACAUGCUCUCGUAUGUGCGGGUUGAUCAAGAGAAGGAACUUCUUACUGCACCGCUUCUGAAUAAGGAGGAGCCGAAGUACCGCGCCCUGAUAGAUCGCUGCUUAAGGGAGGCGAAGCUGGCGGAGGAGCGGCGCCGGGCGCGCUACGAGCAGAUGAUGCGCGUAGAGGUAAAGCUCAUGUUCGAGCGUGACCUCAUGAAGAUGAAGGGCUUUUGGCCCAUGCCCGACGAGUUUCCCAUCACCGAGACCAUGAAGAUCAGCCGAGAUGAUCACACAGAGGAAUUGCUUCGAGAUGCCCUGGAGUUACCACCCCUCGCGCAAGCACAAGUGCAAGAAGAGCACAUUGCGCUCUUCGUGCUGACGCAGAGAAAGACUCGACAGCUGCGCUUCAAGUAUUUGCCGCUCAGCGAUGCCUUGAAGUGCCACACCACAGACACGCAUCUGACGGUGCUGGUCAUGGUCUCUCAAGGCUAUGACCCACAGACUCUGGAGCCUGGCGGUGACAGCGAGGAGGUACCUCACCAGCUUUCCAAUUGGACGGAGGAGCUGAUUCUGCUCGUGGUGAAGUACUUCUGCCCGGUGAAGCAGGUGAUCGUAACCUUGGGUUGCUACUACUCGGAGCUCUCGGAGCCUCUCAAGGCAAUGCUGCAUCCGAGUUCUCCUUGGCUAGCACAGCGUCUUCUUCCUUAUGUGCAGAGGGGUGAGGUGGCUGAUCCGCCGGCGACGCAGUGGCAGUGCUGGGAAGAGUGGGGUCGAGCCCCGAAGGAGAUCAAGCCCCUCAACAUCGAGAAAAGCAUGAAGGAAGAGGGUCUGUACUGCGGUGACGUGGUCAUUUGGCAGCCGCUGAGCGCUUGCGGUCCACGAAGACCAGGUGCUGACGAGGAGGAGGUGCUUCCGACCGUGCGUGACUUUGCGGAGCUCUGCAUGAACCACUUGCGAGUGAUGGUCAGAUUAAUGAGCGCCGAGGCACCCCUGUGCCCAGAGGGCAUUCCAAGCCAGUUGGAGCUUGGGCAGCCAUUGCCGCCGGGCUUGGUGCGCCCAAUCUCCGAGGCCACUGAAGGUUCGCAGGAGGUCCCGGGCCAGGUGACUUGCCUGGAGAUGACCAUCGACGUGAGAUGGCAUACUGACCAACUUGCAAGGAAAAUCCUUCAGGCUUUGCAGCUUGAGCAGGCCGAGGGCAAGCGCUUCUGGGUCUUUGACGGCGGCGCACCUUCCGCCAGCCGCAAUGCAGCCAUGUACCACAGCAAGGACAGGGCCCCCUUUCCCUCGCUCACUCAAGUGGGGUGGAAUCGGGCACAGUCGCCUCGGCGCGUCCUGCAUGCAGUGUUGCUGCCAGAUCCGCCGGAGGGUCACUCCGUGGCGGUGCACUUCUUCGACACGGUGCGGGAAGUGGGUGCCUGCAUACUCACCAUGCAGGAGGAAACCAACGGCCAGAACGGGAGGCCGCAAGGCUGCUUUGCGGUGAGCCCGAAGAAGCUGCUUGCUUCUGCUAGGCAGUUCCUCAAAACAGAGGGCAAAGAAGAGCUGCGGCCGGAGACUCGUGAAUCCAUUGCAGAGGCUUACUGCUCUUUGGGCCCCUGGGAGCAGCCAGAUCGCGUGGUUCAAGUUGGGAGUCAGGCCUGUGAGGAGUCGACCUGCUUCAUCGCUGGGGUUUGGCCGGUGCUCUUCGCAUGGUUCGGCUUCACCUUGGUGGGUCUCAGCACCUCCUGCAAUGCCUAUCGCCACCUGCUGAACUUCACGCGACCAGACUUGCAGCCGCACGUGCUGCGCAUCAUCCUGGUUGGCCCCAUCUAUGCGUUCAGUGCAUCGCUGUGCUUGUCCAUGUCCGAGAGCGCUUGCUUCUUUGUUCGGUCUGUUCGAGAUAUUUGGGAGGCUGUCGUCAUCUACUCCUUCCUAACCCUCAUCAUCGAGUACAUGGGGGGCGAGCACCUCUGCCUGCACAGCAUCUCACAGAACGAUGAGGCAGUGCCGCACCUCUUUCCCUUUAGCCUAUGCCUGCCCCCCAUUGCCACCGGCUCCAUGAUCCGGGUGCCCAAGAUGGGAGCGCUCCAGUUUGUGGCCGUGAAGCCCAUCGUGGCGGUGAUCUCCAUCGUCGUCUACGCCUGCGGUCAGCUGCACAACUGGUACUACCAGUGGACGCUGUUCGUGAUAUACAACAUCUCGUACAGCGUGGCUUUGUAUGCUUUGUACUUGAUCUACUGGUCCUCCCACGAGCAGGAGGCGCUUCAAUCGAAGAGGCCACUGUUGAAGUUUGUGAGUGUGAAGAUGAUAGUCUUUCUCACGUUCUGGCAGGCGCUUCUGUUGCCCUUGGCACCUUUGCCCGGCAGCUCCAGCAGAUGGGAGGACUUCAUCCUUUCGAUUGAGAUGAUCAUCUUCGGCGUGCUCAUGAACAUCGCCUUCACAUGGCGGGAGUUCAGCACCGCAGCCCCGUGUGCCCCACGACUGGGGCAAGGAGCUGGAGGUUGCGUGGACCUCAUGGAUCUGGAUGCAAAGCCACCAGGCAAUCCGCAAGAUGCACAGUCCGGCGCUCCGGAGUGCAAGGACAGUGAGGGAAGUCCGCCGAGCUCCGAGCUCGCAGGAGCUGUGAAGGUGCAUGGAUUCCGAGGAAGUUGGUCCCUGUCGCGAAACAGACGGACGAAACAUGCGUGA